GACAUACACUCUGAGAUGAGUGAAGAGGCCGAGGGGGCUGCAGGUCACAUGAGACCAGAGUCUGCACUACACAGCUGUGUAACCAUGGAGACUGACCAGGAUACUGUUAGCAUGAACAAAGCAUCAACACGGACCAGUGCAGGAGCACACACACACAGACCUCCAUCUCCAGUGCCCAGCUGUGUCUCCAUGAAGAGUGAUAAGUCCAUGGAUGAUAUGCCCAAAUUCAGCAGUGGACAAGUCCCAUCAGGACUAAAUGAGCUCAGUACUGAUCUGACUCAGGAUCAGUCCAGAUGUGGAGUGUGUGAGCAGGUACUGAGGGACCCAGUCAUCACCACCUGUGGACACAGUUUCUGCAGGCAGUGCAUCAGCAGCUACUGGGAGCAGCCUGGACUACCAGGAGACCAAACCUGUCCCCAGUGUGGAAAGACAUGCAGAACCCAACCUCCUCUACAGCCUCCUCUGGAUGAACACACAGAUAUGAGCACACAGGGUGAACACACAGGCCUGAUCAACAGCAGAAGACACCUGCACACUGAACAUACACCAGGCAAAAAGAGGGAACUAGAUGAGGACCUGAGAAGAGUUAUAGUGAAUCACAAAGCCAGUCUGAAGAGGAGGUUUGAGAACAUAUCUGAAGGCAUCAUCAAACCAGGAGCUGAGAUUCUCCUCAAUAAGAUCUACACAGAGCUCUACAUCACAGAGGGAGAGAGUGAAGGGGUGAAUAAGGAGCAUGAGGUUUGGCAGGUAGAGUCAGCAUCCAGAUCUCAAUCCACAGAAGACACACCAAUCAACUACAAUGACAUCUUCAAGCCCUUACCUGGACAGGAGAGGCACAUCAGAACUGUGAUGACCAAAGGUGUUGCUGGAAUUGGAAAAACAGUCUCAGUGCAAAAGUUCAUUCUUGAUUGGACAGAUGGAGUAGCAAAUCAGGAUGUAGAUUUUAUGUUCCCCCUUUCUUUCCGGAUGCUGAAUUUAGUCAGGGGUGAUCAGUACAGUCUUCACAGGCUCCUGCUUGAAUUCCACCCUGAGCUGAAGGAGCUGAAUGAUGAUGAAGGAUACAAAGACUGUCAGGUUGUGUUCAUCUUUGACGGUUUGGAUGAGAGUCGGUUGACUCUGGAUCUGGAACAGAACAGUAAGUUGUCUGAUGUGAAACAAACAUCAUCAGUGGAUGUUCUGAUGACGAGCCUCAUUCAGGGAACUCUGCUUCCCUCUGCACUCAUCUGGAUAACCUCACGACCAGCAGCAGCCAGUCAGAUUCCUGCACAGUUCAUCGACCAGGUAACAGAAGUACGAGGAUUCAAUGACCCACAGAAGGAAGAGUACUUUAGGAAGAGAAUCAAUGAUGAGAGUCAGGCCAACAGAAUCAUCUCCCACAUUAAGGCAUCCAGAAGUCUCCACAUCAUGUGCCACAUUCCAGUCUUCUGUUGGAUUGCAGCCACUGUACUUCAGCAGAUGCUGAAACAGGACAACACCCAAGAAAUUCCCACAACUCUGACGGAGAUGUUUAUACAGUUCUUGUUGAUCCAGACAACUCGAAAGGAUCAGAAAUAUCAAGAAAUACAAGAAACAAAUAAGAAGAGGCUCUUGGAAUCACAGAAAAAAAUACUACUGAAGCUGGCAGAACUGGCUUUCAAGAAUCUAGAGAAUGGCAACCUCAUGUUUUAUGAGGAAGACCUGAAAGAGUGUGGCAUUGAUGUCAGUGAAGCCUCGGUGUACUCUGGCAUGUGCACUGAGAUCUUCAAGACAGAAUCUUUGUUUCACCAGAGGAAGGUCUACUGCUUUGUGCAUCUGAGUGUCCAGGAGUUUCUGGCAGCUGUGUUUGUGUUUCACUCGUAUUUGAAUAAGAACCUUGAGGCAUUGAACUCUCUCCUCAGUGAUAAGCGUAGGAGGAAACUCAAUCCAUCAAUGUUAUAUUCUUUUCAAUCAGCACUACAAUUAAAACCUCAAGACAACUUGCAUGUUUUACUUAAGAGUGCAGUUGAUAAGGCUUUGGAGAGCCAGAACGGACACCUGGAUCUUUUCCUUCGCUUCCUUAUGGGUAUUUCUGUGGAGAGCAAUCACAGACUUCUGCAAGGUCUACUGAGCAACACACACAACAGCUCUGAUAGUAUUAAGGAAACAUGUCAGUACAUGAAGAAGCUCAACAGGGAAGGUCUCUCUCCUGAACGAUGCAUCAAUCUUUUCCACUGCUUACUUGAAAUGAAUGAUGAUUCAAUGCACAAAGAAAUUCAGACAUACUUGUCAUCACCAAAGAACAUCAAACAAAAGUUGUCUCCUGCCCACUGUUCAGCACUGGCCCACAUACUUAUGAUGUCUGAGAAGGUGCUGGAUGAGUUUGACCUGAAGAAAUACAACACAUCAGAUGAAGGACGCAGGAGACUGCUCCCAGCUGUGAGGUGCUGCAGAAAGGCAUGGCUUGCUGAUUGUAAACUCACAGAUACGUCUUGUGAGAUUGUGGCUUCAGUUCUACAUUCACCAAACUCCCUGCAACAGCUGGACUUGAGUGACAAUGACCUUGGGGAUUUUGGAGUUCAGCUUCUCUCUAAGGGACUGUCCAGUUCCAACUGCAAAAUACAAACAUUAAGGCUUGCUGAUUGUAAACUCGCAGAUACGUCUUGUGAGAUUGUGGCUUCAGUCCUACAGUCACCAAACUCCCUGCAACAGCUGGACUUGAGUGACAAUGACCUUGGGGAUUUUGGAGUUCAGCUUCUCUCUAAGGGACUGUCCAGUUCCAGCUGCACAAUACAAACAUUAAGGCUUGCUGAUUGUAAACUCGCAGAUACGUCUUGUGAGAUUGUGGCUUCAGUCCUACAGUCACCAAACUCCCUGCAACAGCUGGACUUGAGUGACAAUGACCUUGGGGAUUUUGGAGUUCAGCUUCUCUCUAAGGGACUGUCCAGUUCCAACUGCACAAUACAAACAUUAAGGCUUGCUGAUUGUAAACUCGCAGAUACGUCUUGUGAGAUUGUGGCUUCAGUCCUACAGUCACCAAACUCCCUGCAACAGCUGGACUUGAGUGACAAUGACCUUGGGGAUUUUGGAGUUCAGCUUCUCUCUAAGGGACUGUCCAGUUGCAACUGCACAAUACAAACAUUAAGGCUUGCUGAUUGUAAACUCGCAGAUACGUCUUGUGAGAUUGUGGCUUCAGUCCUACAGUCACCAAACUCCCUGCAACAGCUGGACUUGAGUGACAAUGACCUUGGGGAUUUUGGAGUUCAGCUUCUCUCUAAGGGACUGUCCAGUUCCAACUGCACAAUACAAACAUUAAGGCUUGCUGAUUGUAAACUCGCAGAUACGUCUUGUGAGAUUGUGGCUUCAGUCCUACAGUCACCAAACUCCCUGCAACAGCUGGACUUGAGUGACAAUGACCUUGGGGAUUUUGGAGUUCAGCUUCUCUCUAAGGGACUGUCCAGUUCCAACUGCACAAUACAAACAUUAAGGCUUGCUGAUUGUAAACUCGCAGAUACGUCUUGUGAGAUUGUGGCUUCAGUCCUACAGUCACCAAACUCCCUGCAACAGCUGGACUUGAGUGACAAUGACCUUGGGGAUUUUGGAGUUCAGCUUCUCUCUAAGGGACUGUCCAGUUCCAACUGCACAAUACAAACAUUAAGGCUUGCUGAUUGUAAACUCACAGAUACGUCUUGUGAGAUCGUGGCUUCAGUUCUACAGUCACCAAACUCCCUGCAACAGCUGGACUUGAGUGACAAUGACCUUGGGGAUUUUGGAGUUCAGCUUCUCUCUAAGGGACUGUCCAGUUCCAACUGCAAAAUACAAACAUUAAGGCUUGCUGAUUGUAAACUCGCAGAUACGUCUUGUGAGAUUGUGGCUUCAGUCCUACGGUCACCAAACUCCCUGCAACAGCUGGACUUGAGUGACAAUGACCUUGGGGAUUUUGGAGUUCAGCUUCUCUCUAAGGGACUGUCCAGUUCCAACUGCACAGUACAAACAUUAAGGCUCUCUGAUUGUCUCAUCUCAGAGAAGGGCUGUGGUUUUCUGGUUUCAACCCCCUUUCCCUCUCAUCUAAAAGAACUGGAUCUCAACUACAAUUAUCCUGGAGAAUCAGGAAUGAAGCUGUUAUCUGCUAGACUGGAGGAUCCUGUCUGUAAACUGGAGAUACUGAGAACUGACCACACUUCUUUAGACAGAGCACGACCACGUUUGCUGAAAUAUGCCUGUGAUCUCACACUGGACCCAAACACAGCACACAGAAAUCUCUCUCUCUCUGAGGGGAACAGAAAGGUGACACGUGUGGAGAAGCAGCAGCCGUAUCCUGAACACCCAGAGAGAUUUGACUCCACAUGGCAGGUGUUGUGUAGAGAGGGUCUGACUGGACGCUGCUACUGGGAGGCUGAGUGGAGUGUUGAUGGUGGAGCUCAGAUGUCAGAUGAUGAUGUCUGUGAUCUCACACUGGACCCAAACACAGCAAACAGAAAUCUCUCUCUCUCUGAGGGGAACAGAAAGGUGACACAUGUGAAGAAGCAGCAGCCGUAUCCUGAACACCCAGAGAGAUUUGACUCCACAUACUAUCCUCAGGUGUUGUGUAGAGAGGGUCUGACUGGACGCUGCUACUGGGAGGCUGAGUGGAGUGUUGGUGGUGGAGCUGCUAUAUCUGUGGCCUAUAAAAGCAUCGAGAGGAAAGGGGGCAGUGAUGACGUCAUAAUGGGACAGAAUGCCAAGUCCUGGAGUCUGGAGUGCUCUGGUCACAGUUACUCUGUCCUGCACAAUAAUAAACACACUAUCAUACCUGCCCCCUCCUCCCGCUCCAGAACAGUAGGAGUUUACCUGGACUGGCCGGCCGGCACUCUGUCCUUCUACAGCGUGUCCACUGACACACUCACCCACCUGCACACGUUCCACUCCACAUUCACUGAGCCCCUCUAUCCAGGGUUUGGGGUUUAUUAUUAUGGCUCCUCAGUGUCCCUGCGCAAGAUCACAUGAGCUCGUCCUCCAACAGGUACAUCCACCCUUUCUCUCUUUCUCUACUCUCAGUCUCUACUCCCCCUUCCUUCUCUAUCUCCCUCUCUCUGUCUCUCAUUCUACUCCCUUGGGCUGAUCCAUUUUCAGAUUUGUGUGUGUGUGUGUGUGUGUGGUUUCUAUGACACUGUAAUGUAAUACAGGCUUGUAGGCACAAGAAGCUCUUUUACAAACAACUUUAGUAAGAGGGCAUUACAUUAUUUUUAUUUUUUUUCUUUUGAAGUUGUAUGUGUAUGUGUGUGUGUGUGUGUGUGUGUGUGUGUGUGUGUGUGUGUGUGUGUGGUUUGUUUAACACUGUUUUCUAUUUAACAAACUGCCAAAAUUCAGACUUAAAUUCAUCAAGUCAAGACACUCCAACAUUCCACAGUAACCACGUAACCGUAGCAACAUCCAUUGUGAUGCUUGUUCUGUGGCCCUGGCAGUUGAGCAGGGCUUGUUGCUAUGGCAAUAGUUCCAGCUUUGGCCCAUAGACUGUAUAAAGAACUGCAGGAACUCCAGUCACACACACUCCUGUUCAUACACAUGUGUAAUGCUGAGAUGCUGUUUAGAUAUUGAUAUGUAUAUUCAGUUAUAUAAUUACUGUUCUGGUGAAACUAAACAAAUGCUGAUAUUGCUUUCUUUAUAUUAUGCUCUUCUCCUGAAAAUGAAUGUGUGGAUUAUGAGAAUGUUUUCAACAACAACAAUAUGAUGUAUUCUGUUCUCCGUAAAGUUUAGUUAUUUGCUGAAUUUCUUUGAAAAAGUUAUUUGCUGAUCUGAGGUGUCAGUGGUUCUAUACAGUAUGUGUUGACAUAGCAAAAAAAAAUGCUUGUUUUUCUGACUUAAAAUAUGUAAAUAAAAUGUGUUUCUGACUUUUAAAUGUCUGAAUAAAGAUUCUGAAAGGAGAUGUGAUGAA